AUGUCAGUCAUCAAACUUCAGACAUACUUUGCGUCCUCACCUAUCACAAGUCCACUGUCCACAUCAUCUCCCAUGGAUCAAGACAACGACCUCCGACAACGGAACUACACUUCGUUAGACCCAGACCUUGUCCGUCUCCGUUGCCAGAUAUUCGAGGCGGUUUGUCGGAAAACCGAUUUGAUUAGAGCGAACCACGAGUUGUCUCACGAGAGAGAUGCGCUUAGGCGAAGAAAUCAGGAGCUUGAAGCUGGAUUCUCGGAGGUGGCGAUGAUCGGAGAGGAAGCAAAGAGAGAUCUGGAAGUUUCUAAAAUAAGAGUCGUUGAACUGGAAGAAGAAACAGAUGAGAAAUCCAGACUACUUUCGGAAAUUGCGGAAUCUGUACGAUCUGUAGAAGAUCGCUUGUCGAGUUCGAUCCGAUGUUUAGACGAAGAGAAUGUUCCGGAAGAGGGGAGAGUGGAAGAACCGGAACCAGAGAAAUAUAAUUCCAAGUCUAUUUUGGAAUUAGUCAAGGAGGUUGAAAAGAAGGUGGAGACGCUUAUGGAAACGAUGGAUAAGAAGAAGAUGGAGCUAAGUAGAAGUGUGGAGUUCUUGCAGGAUGAGAAUAGAGACAUCAGUGUCUUGUUAAGGGCUGCUUUGUCUGAGAAACAAGCCGCAGAGAAGCAAUUGAAAGAGACGAACGAACAGAAGAGAUCGGCGUUGCUACAAAUAGCAGAACGAGGGUUGCAGAGCAUAGGGUUCGGGUUCGGGUUUAGGGAAUCGGUACAGGAAAGCUCAGAAACAAGAAACGUCGCGAAGGAAGAAGAAGAAGCAGAAGAAGAAGAAGAAGAAGAAGAAGAAGAUGAGAAUAGUAUGGUUAUGGCAAUAGAGAAAACAAUGAAGAAUCUACGGAAAGAUAUCUCUCAGCUGAAGAUAUCCUUAGAGGAAUCAAGGUUAGAAGAAGCGCGUUUGAAGAAAAUUACAGAGGUUCAAGCUCAUACAAUAGCAGAGAACAAAGUGGAUAUCGACAAGCUGCAAAACCGAGAGAGGUUUCUAUGUCGAAAGGUGGAAGAGUUAGUGAAGGUCAUAAGAGAAGCUGAAUCAGAAGUAAGUAGAUGGAGAGUAGCUUGCGAGCUAGAAGUAGAAGCUGGGCAGCGUGAAGUCGAAGAACGAGAUCAACUCAUAGCGGUUUUAAAGGCAGAGAUUGAGAAGAUGAGGUCAGCUUUGGCGAUAUCAGAAGGGAGACUAAAACUGAAAGAAGAGCUAGCGAAAGCUGCGAUGGUAGCAGAAGAAGCAGCUGAGAAAUCGCUGCGAUUGGCCGAGAGAAGAAAAUCUGAACUUCUCAACCGCAUUGAACAUCUCUACCGCCAAUUGGAAGAAGCAGAGUCUACAGAAAGCAGACGCGGAAAGUUUAGGAACGCUUGGUGUUGGCCGUUUUGGCGUUUUCCUACCGCCGCUGCUGUGGCUGCUACUGACAGCUCUUCUUCAUGUAUAAGCAAUAGAGCAUUGUUACGUUAUGGUGCUUGA